UUGUUCUUUCUCUCUAGCUCCCUUUUUUCUCUCUUUUAAGCAAUGGAAAUGGGGUGUGAUGAAAAAGUAGGGGUAAUGAAGAGAGGGUUUCUAUGGAUGAAGAGUUUAGUUGAAAAAUUAGUGGAAAUUGGAAGCAAGACAAAAGCUUUGGGGAAAGAUGACCCAAGAAGGGUUAUUCAUGCACUAAAAUUAGGGUUUACACUCACAAUUGUCUCAUUAUUUUACUAUUACAAACCACUUUAUGACAACUUUGGAGUUUCUGCAAUGUGGGCUGUCAUGACUGUUGUUGUUGUUUUUGAAUUCUCAGUAGGGGCAACCCUGGGAAAAGGGUUGAAUAGGGCAGUUGCAACAUUGCUUGCUGGUGGUUUAGGAGUUGGAACUCAUCACUUGGCUGCCUUAUCUGGACAUGUUGGCCAGCCAAUCAUUACCAGUAUCUUUGUCUUUUUAAUAGCCUGUACAUUGACGUUUAUGAGGUUCUUUCCAAGCAUCAAAGCAAAAUAUGAUUAUGGAAUGAUGAUCUCCAUUUUAACAUUCUCAAUGGUAUCAAUAUCUGGGCUUCAAGAUGAUGAAGUCUUUUUGCUUCUUGAGAAGAGGGUUUCAACAAUCUUCCUUGGUGUCUGUGUUUGUGUUGUCAUUUCCAUUUCUGUUUUCCCAUUUUGGGCUGGUGAAGAUCUCCACAAUCGCAUUGCUCUCAACAUUGAAAACCUAGCACUCUUCUUUGAAGGAUAUGGAUCAGAAUACUUCAAAACGUCACAAGAUAGAGAGGCCAACAAAGACGAAAAACUUAUUCAAGCAUAUAAAAGUGUUCUCAAAUCAAGUGGCAUUGAAGAUACAUUGUAUAAUUUUGCAAGGUGGGAGCCUGGCCAUGGAUGUUUCCAAUUUCGUCACCCAUGGAAGCAAUACCUUAAAAUCGGAGCCCUAACUCAUCAAUGUGCCUUCAGAAUUGAUGCCCUUCAUCGCAAUCUCUCUUCUUCUAAUUUCCAAGUUUCACAAGAGAUUAGAAGAGAAAUCCAAGAAUCAUGCAUGGAGAUGAGUAUAGAAUCAGGGAAAGCACUAAGGCAGCUGGUUUCAUCCAUAAGAGAAAUGACUCAACCAACUCAAGCAGAAAUUCACACACACAACUCAAAAGCAGCUGCCAAAAAGCUCAAAGCCUCACUUAGAUCAUCACGCUUGUGGGAACAUUGUGAUCCCUUGACACUCAUCCCAGCAGCCACCAUCGGUUCGCUGCUCAUUGACGUUGUCGAUUGUACUGAGAAAAUUGCAGAGGCUGUUCAAGAACUUGCAUCUUUGGCACAUUUCAAUAGUGCCAAACCUGGUGUGGUGUCUUUGGAGAAAUCAGAGGCAGUUAUACAAAUUGAAAAGGAAAAAGUGCAGCCUAAUAUUGGUAUUUCUUUUGUUACAAUACCAAUCAGUACAGGGUGAAAUUGAAAGUGUAAUUAUAUUGAA